CUCUUCCUUCCUUCGUUCGUUCCUUCCUUCCAUCCUUCCUCUCUCUUUUUUUCCCUACUCUCUCUCUCACACCUCUCUGCAGUGUACUUUCCCCAGCCAGUGGUCUUCCCUACAGUUGAUUCCUAACGUUAUACAGGAUGAUUUACACAUCCUGUCCCAGCAGCCAAUUAAUACCCAGCUUUGAAUUACUAUUGAAUAAGCAGCAAUGAAAUCCCUAUCAAAAUAAUCAGUAGUUCCAAAAACCACAAACAACAAAAUAAGCAGCAUUGCACCAGCUCAGCACGCCCGCCUGCUGCACACGGGCCGGUGAGUCAUUUCUCUUUUCCCUCCCUCAGCAACCUCCAUGGCUGCCUCGCUCAGCCCCGGGGAGGGCAGGUGGAGUGGGUAGGGCAUGACUUCAGAAAGUUAAAAAAAAAAAAAAAAAAAAAAAGAAAGAAAGAAAGUUGACAUCACUCAGGUCACAUGACUCAAAGGGACCAAUGGAGGCAGGUUAUGGAAAGGGGAACAGUUAAAUUUGUAAUUUUGGUUGUGUGAAACACUUCUUUGGGCCUCAUAAACAACCACAGAACCACAAGUUGGGUACAGAGGCAGUCACACAAGAGCGGGUCCGGGAUAUUGGUCAGCAGGCAGGGCAAAUCGCUUUGACUGCAAACCACAGUUUCGUAGAGUGGUAGAAGAAAUCAUAUAUUCCUUCACUGUAAAGAGAAAGUGAGUUUUAAAGAGGAAACAAUGGCUUCAAACAGCGUAUUUGAUUCACUUCCUUCUUACCAGCACUUCUUGAGAGAUACCAGCACCAGCCGCCGCUUCACGCCGCCCUCCACCGCGCUGAGCCCGGGGAAGAUGAGCGAGCCGCUGCCGCUGCCCGGCGCCGAGCACAGCGGAGCGCUGGCGGGGAAGCUGCGCGCCGCCGACCGCAGCAUGGUGGAGGUCCUGGCGGACCACCCCGGGGAACUGGUGCGCACCGACAGCCCCAACUUCCUCUGCUCCGUGCUGCCCACCCACUGGCGCUGCAACAAGACGCUGCCCAUCGCCUUCAAGGUGGUGGCCUUGGGAGACGUACCCGAUGGGACGCUGGUCACGGUGAUGGCUGGAAACGAUGAGAACUACUCUGCAGAACUCAGAAAUGCAACGGCUGCCAUGAAAAACCAAGUGGCAAGGUUCAACGACCUCAGAUUUGUGGGUAGAAGUGGAAGAGGGAAAAGCUUCACACUGACUAUCACAGUCUUCACAAACCCUCCACAAGUAGCCACGUACCACAGAGCCAUCAAGAUAACGGUGGAUGGACCACGCGAACCCAGAAGACAUCGUCAGAAACUAGAUGAGCAGACAAAGCCCGGGAGCUUGUCCUUUUCAGAGCGUCUGAGUGAACUGGAGCAGUUGCGUCGUACGGCCAUGAGGGUCAGCCCACACCACCCAGCCCCCACACCCAACCCACGAGCCUCCUUGAACCACACCACUGCUUUUAACCCUCAGCCUCAGAGUCAGAUUCAGGACACAAGGCAAGUGCAGCCAUCCCCACCAUGGUCCUACGACCAGUCCUACCAGUACCUGGGCUCCAUCGCGACUCCCUCGGUGCAUCCUGCGACACCGAUAUCACCUGGCAGGGCCAGCGGCAUGACGUCCCUCACCGCAGAGCUUUCCAGCCGCCUCUCAGGUGCUUCUGACUUGACGGCAUUCAGUGACCCCAGAGUGGGGAUUGACCGCUCCUUCUCCACGCUCCCUUCCAUUUCUGAUCCUCGGAUGCACUACCCGGGAGCGUUCACCUACACGCCAACACCCGCCCAAGGCAGCCCGUUCCAGACCAGCUCACCUUCAUACCACCUCUACUACGGAACCUCCGCUGGGUCCUAUCAGUUCUCCAUGAUCUCAGGAGGAGACCGGUCCCCGCCACGCAUCCACCCCCCUUGCACCAAUGCUUCCACAGGAUCGACACUCCUCAACCCCAACCUUCCCAACCAAAGCGAUGUGGUUGAGGCGGAAGGGAGCCACAGCAACUCCCCAACCAACAUGGGUACCACGGCAAGGCUAGAGGAAGCGGUUUGGAGGCCAUACUGAAUGCAUUUUAAGUAGUCGUGGGCCAGGACUAACGUGCUUUCGAUUUACCGAUGUCCGUAGGUAUCCCAUAAACACCUGUCUUGCUUAUGGGCCCUGCCAUGUUCAUACAUCACUUCCAGAAGCAAACUCUCCAGAAGUCAGCGGUCCCAGGAGCAGUGGCGUGCGUUGGGCCAGCUGUGUGGCUGGUGAAGCCAUGCCAGGCCAGCAAGGUACCCCCCAGGGGGCUGAGCUUCUGGAAAGGAGGACAUUCAGGUUGGUGGCCUGUAGGUAGUGAGGGUGAGUAGGAAGAUAUCCAGGCUGUUUCCAGGCUUGUGGCUUUCAAACAUACCCAGGUUUGAAGGUCUCCACAGCCCUAAAGAGAGUUUCAGUUCACUUCUGUUUUUAAGACUUAAGACCUAACAGAAACUUAACGAGUUUACUGCAUCUUAUGGACAUAUUAACUAUAAGGAAGUAUAGGAAGAUUCCCAGAGGGAAACUGUGAACGCUUCUGUUUUAGCAAUGCUGUGAAUGAGAGGUUUUAUAUGUUGGACUUCAGAUUUUCCUUUCUUUUUUUUUUUUUUUUUUUUAAACCACGUUGUGUAUUCCAAAGAAUAUGGAAUUUUUUAUUGCUGGUUUUUUUUUUUUUUGGUUUGGGUUUGUUUAUUUUUUUUAAGGAUGCAACUCAUCCUGCUUUGCAUCUAAUUUGUUUAAUUUCUCUUGGCACCUUAUAAAUCGCAAAAAAAAAAGAGAUUUUACUUUUUGUUGUUGUUUUAAUCACGCUUGCUUCUUUCUUGCUUUGUCAACUGAAAGAAUCAGCUCCUUUUUCAGUGAGUUAAUUUAACUUUUUUUCUCUUGGACUUUUUUUUUUUUAAUACAACGGCUACAGCCUUGGGUCAUUUUCAACUACUGUACUACUUUGAUGAUAUUUAUGCUUGAUAUUUAGACUUUUCUUAUUUGUCGAUACUAUUAUUAUUUAAAUAUGCCUAUAUUAAAAAGAUCAGCAAUUGCCUUUUUUGGUAGCAGCCAAAGUUAAAUUUGUCACAUUGAAAAAGGCUGGAAUAACGAUGGGUAAAGUGACCUCCUAAUUACCUAGAAAUAUUGUUUACAAUUAUCUCCCUUUCAUUUUACUCAGCUAGGUGAGCCCAGAGCCUCAGAGCCCCACUCCCACUGAAACAAUUGAGGCAUCAGAGUCUCCAUGAAGGCACUGUGCCUUUCCCCACAGUGGAGUCAUCUCUCCACACCCCUUCCUCGUUUUUCCUUCGUCACCAGUGGUGAUGCUCAGGAUCAGUACUCAGGAGGUACCUAUAUCAUAAAGCAGUCUUUUGUAUUCCCUCAACUACGUAAGUCCCCACAAAGCCCUGUUCUGUGCUGAGCUUCCCUUGACUUCCUGGUAGAGGUUUCAUAGUCUUUCAAAUCAAAAGCCAACACACAGUUAGCAUAGCAGGAGUGAAGUGAAGAAGGCUCUGAUAUAAUCAAUGUGAGACUUGCUCCCAGCUCAGUGGAGCCAAGAUUUCUGUGCAGUACAAGAGCCAUGUUUGAAUGUACUGGAAAAGAGAUCAAUUCGUGCAUCACAAAAUAGCUCAGACUGAACAGAGUCAAGUUCAUCUGGAAAGCAGGCCAGCAAAGAAGGGGCCUUAAUGGUUCUUCCAUCACCAUAUAUUGAGGGAAGAGGAAGGAGAUUUAAAACCCAUGCACAAACUAUUUGGUCCUGUAGCAAAUAUGCACAGCUUGUACUAAGAGCAUGUUAAUACAGAGUCGUCAUCAUUGCCCAUCGUUACAGCACAAACAUAUCAGAUGUCACUGUAAAGUUUAUGGCACUAUUUUAUCUGAGGGUUCGGUCUGAACGCAGCUGUUGUACUACUCAUUAAUUACAGACUGCUGAUGUUGACAAGUGUGCGUUCCAAAUGAUCCGAUUAUUAUUUAAUGUACGUUUUAAAUGAGUGAAACAAUUGCAGGUCAACUCAGAGAGUAUUUGAAAGCAGGACUUCAGAUCAGUGUUUGAUGUUUAAAAAAAAAAAAUGAAAAGGAUUCAAAUUAAAAAGAUCCUUGGCUGCAGGCAGCAGAACAGCUGGACUUAUUUAAAACCAUUUGUUUUUCAAGUUUUCUUUUUUUUUAUAUAUGAUUUUGCUUCUUUGUUUGAGUCAGAUGCAGUAGCACUUUGGUAUUGAAAAGUUACAAAUUGAAGAACUCCCAUUGUCAACAAGGUCAUUUUUGUGCAGAAAAUAGGGGGUGUUUCAAGAGAUCUCAGCAAAAGUUCAAAAUGGUUCUGCUAAAAUAUAUACAUGGCCUCGUGCUUUUAUUUAGCAUAAUAUAAUUUAUCAUUUUCUAGAGUUUGCUCUGAUCAAAAAAAGCAGAAAGCAUCAAAACCAGUAUCAGAACAGUUAAAAAUGCAUUUUGGAAGUAUGGAGACCUUGCUGAACAUGGAAAUAGGGAGACCCUACCCUUACAUAGUUGGAAUCUCACCUCAUCAGUAGCCUGAAAAAAAAGUCCUUCCUCACUAACAGUAGCUCUGUUGCAGAAUCCAUUUUACACAUUCUCUCGCACUCGCCGUGCAGUUCAAAUCCCCAUUGACCACAGCUUUCAUGUCUGCCUUGUGACUGGACCACCCAAGUGCAUAGUACUGCGAGUGGGAACCCAAAGGUGAGGGUGAGGAACCGCAGAGGAGCCGCACGGGGCACAGCUGCUGAUGGUUGGGUUACUCCAGCCCAGUGGCAGAGGUGAGGCUGCUGUGGUAAGGACUCUCCCACAUCAGUCUCUCCCCACAUCCACGACUGCUGUCCGCUGAAGCCUUUGCCUGUUUUAGCCCAUAGUGUUGUACUAUCCCCUUCUGAAACUAAAUUGUCAGGGAGGGGAAGGUGAGCCCAGUGUGCCGGCCCAGUGUCAGGCCUAAUGUUUCACGUUUCUUAUGGCUACACAUCUACUUUCUUCACACCUGGCCUGAAGUGGAAGUUUAAUUUUACGCUCCCUGGUGUGAUCGGUUUGAGAAAGUGCGGAGCUGGUCACAGCGCUAACCCCGUUUCUGAAACACAACCAGAACGUGGGCUUUCUCACCUCCUCACCCACCAUCACUGCCAGCAACUCCUGAGUCGAACCUCUCUGUGCACGUCAAACAUAGGACGACGCAGUGCUCCCCUUACAGAGGAACAUGUAAGUUUAUUAUCCCUUGCAAUUAGUCUGUUUAAUCACCGUGAGCUACGGUGUAUUCGCAUAAAUGCUUAUGAGACACCACAGUUCACUCAAGUCUCUAUUUUUGUAGCCAUCCCCUGCCUCGCUCAGGACAGCAAAGCUCUCUGAGGCUGUAAAAACAACUCUUGUGUCAUUCCUCUCAUAUCUAAACAGCACUUGGCAGGCAAAAGGAGGACAGCUAGGUAAAACACUUCCCCCAUUUACCUGCCUCCAAAUUAUAGCGUAUAAGUAUAUAUUUUUAUAUAUAAUAUAUAUAUAUUUAUAUAGUUUUAUCAUCCCAGUUGCUGAAUGGAAUAGCACUGUUGUGCUUCCCUUUGCAAGUCUCGGUCAGCACAGUGCCUUAGGCUCCGUCCCCUACCGACGUGCAGUAGUUGAUGGCAGUCCCUGGUAUCAGCUUGUGUGUUCCUCUCACAAGACACAGCUUGUUGUCCAGAGGCAGCUUCAUCAAGCAGUUCCAAAGUAAACACAGGGCCGAUCGCCUGUUUGCAUUAAGACCCCUUACUUUGCUCUCAGCGUUUCUGCUCACUUCCAGAGUUCCCAUUUGGCUGCCAGAGCAAAGUGAAGGAGCUUUAGUGCAAGAGGAGGCAGACGCAGGGAGCAUCGUUGCUACUAAGGAUUUUACUUGCAGAAUUAUGCCAAAUAAACUUCUGGAAAGGAGAAAAACGGUUUCCUCCAAAUGGCCCACAGUCUUUGUCAGAGUGUUCCGAAUUGCCUGCACUCUUGAAACAUUCAUUACUGCUUUCUGGAUGACCUUCUCCAUUAAUGUAUUUGAAGAUUCAGGAUAAGUGGAUCAUUUUCAAUUUGGGCAAAACACUUUCUUGUUUUCCUGCAUCGUAACAUUCUUGUGUUUUAUUUUUGUUAACCUUGCUUGGUCAGUGCUGAUCACUUGGCAUUUUUCUCCUUGUCCUAAGAGGGUUGCAUCAACAGAGUUACUUGUAUUUAUGUAUGUAAAUAGAUUUCAAAAGCUUCACAGCAAAAUAUUUAGUGCUUGUAAUUACUCCGCUUUUUUUUUUUUCUUCGUUUUUCUGUGUUUUUAAUGAACUUACCUUUGUUUGCUUAAAUACUCUAGUGAGACUUAUUUCUUUCCAAAUUAGUUAUUUUAGGCUUCAAGAUUAACUACAUUUUAUUCACUUUUGUAAACAGUUAUAGCAUGGUCUCUAUUCAACACUCUUCACUUUUUUUUUUUUUUUUUGUGGUAGGGGAGAAAUGAAUGUGCAAAAAUCUGUGGGUUAUUUGUGGUAUCCUGGGUAUGACAGUUACACACUUUUCUUUCAAACACAAACUCAACUUUCAGUCUGAGGGGGUGGCAUGGCAAGUCAGAGGGGAGGGCACAGUGGGAGACGCGCUCCUAUCAGGACGGCAUCAAAGUGUGUUCGUUCAGCAUUUACUGGAUCUGUUUACAAACCAGAUGCUGCAGCAUACUGGAACAGUCACAUUUUCCUUUGACGCUGUCAUGCUGAACAUUUCCAGAAGGGGAAACUACCAGGUUCUGGAAGUUUGCUUUUUUGGUUUUUGAUCACAGGGGAUUUUUCUUCCGGGGGUGGGAAGGGGGGCUGCUGUUUUUUGGAACCAGAUAGGAAAAGAGAAUAGAGUAGAUUUUUUUCCCCCACUACAGAAAGUCUCUAGAUACCACGUCAGAGUAGACUCUUGUUGUACAUACGGAUGGCUGUGUCCAGCUCCACGGGAAAACUCAUUACAACUAGCACGCAGAGCAGCUGGACUGCUGCGUUAGUUCUAAUGAAGACUUUCUUUCUUUCUUUCUUUGUACCACAGUUUCCUCUGUAAAUUCAAUAUCAUAAUUAGUGUGAAUGACAAAUAAAACGUUUGGCAAGUAUG